AUGAUCCUUGGAUUUUUCCUGUUAAAUGUUUUGUUUUUCGUCCUUAUGAAAAAUAACCUUUGUUUGUUAAAGAAUAAAAGGAAUGUUUUUUACCCCAUAAAUAAUUUGUCAAACGAAAAAAAGAAGAAAAUUGAUAGUAUUUUCCAUAAAAGGAAUAAUGGGCAUACUAUCAUAAAAUUGUUCAUAAUAAACAAUACAAAUGAAAAAAAACAGAAUUAUAAAAAAAAAAAAAAUAAAGAAUAUUUUUUAAAUAAUAAAAAGAAUAGAAAUGAUAAAGUAAAUAUUUUAUAUGCUACACAAAGCAAUUUUUUUAACCCUAAACAAUUUAAAGAUUUAUUAAACCAAGAUGCUAAAGAAAAAACGAAAAAUGUUGAUGAUGGUGAUGAUUGCCUAGAAUUAGAAAAUGUCGAAAAUUUAGAAGAAAUAGCACCUGAAUUACAUAUGAAAUUAAUGGAAUAUAAAAAAAGUGAAGAAUCAAAAGAUGAAGAAAUAAAUGAAAAAAAAAUUGAAGAUGUAAAAGAUAUUACACUAUAUGAAGGAUUACCUCUUCUAAUGAUUGAAGGAGAAAAGUUAGAAGGUUUUGCUGACACUAGGAAAGUUAAAAUAAAACCAGAAAUAUCUACGCCUUUCACAAAUGAUGAUUAUAAUGAAUAUAUUAAAUCUAGUAUGGGUGAGAAAAUUGGAAAUCCUGAUUCUAAUCAGACAAAGAAAAAUGAAAAAUAUGAUAAAAAUAUAAAGAAAGGGAAUAAUUGUAAUACAACUGGAGAACUAAAUAAGUUUGAAAAAGAUAUAGAAUAUAUAUUAAAUGUAUCUAAUGAGGAAAAAAAAAAAAAGAGAGAAAUGGAUAAAAAUGAAGAAGUAAAAAAAAGUGAUGAUUUAACAAAAGAAGGAAAAAUAGAAAGAUAUAAAAAAGUAGGAACACAUUAUUAUAUGGAUUCAAGUAUAGGUAAAAUAUUAUAUGAUAGGAAUUAUCCAGGAUAUGCUUAUAUAAAUCAUGGAGAAAAUAUAAAUGAAAUAAAUGAAAAAAGUGAAUUUGAUUCUUCUGUUCCUAGUUAUUUAAAUCCAUCUAAUGUACAUUUAAGAACUGGACGUAAAAGAGAAGAACAGAAAAAAAAAGAUAGUGGAAUAAAACAGAAAAGAAGAUGGAAUGUAAAUAAUAUAAGUAAUGAUAUUAAAAGGGGAAAUUGGAAAUAUUAUGAUGAUACAGUUAAAGAUUUAAUAGAUUCAAUUGAUCAAGAAAAAUUAGAAGAAAAUUAUUAUUCUAAUAAUUAUUAUCAAAGAAGUCAUAAUAAUACAGGUUAUGGUGGUUUAGAAAAAGUACAAAAUAAUUAUUUUGAUGUUCAAUUUAUAGGAUCUGCUGAAACAUAUCCUGCAAAUAUAUCAGUAGGUAUGAAUUUUAUAUGGCCUAUCAAUUUUGUACCUUUAUUAUCUAAACAAUAUACUAAAAGAUUAGGUCAACCAAUUAAGUCUCCAAUAUUUAAUUUAGGAGGUUUUGAUCAUUUACAAUUAUGGUAUUAUCCUGAUGGUAUGAAUAAUUCCAUAGAUGGUUAUUGUUCUUUAAAAUUAAUGAUGAAACCAGGUUCCUAUCUACCAGUCAAAAUAUUCUUAUUCGCAUUUAGUGAAUAUAAUUAUAUUCAUACUAAAGCAUUCUAUAAAGAAUCAGCUGAUUAUGUUAUAUCCUCAUCAAAUUUAUGUAAAUGUCUAUUAAAAACAAAAGAAAAUUUAAAAAAUAUUGAAAAUAAUAAAGAUUAUGUUAUUCUUGGACCAGCUGGAAAUAUAUACAUAGGUGUAGGAAUAUAUGAUGAUAAUUACGACUUUGAAGAAGAUUUCAAAAAAUUUUAUUCAAUUAAUAAUAAAUAUAAAAAUAAAAAAAAUAAAAAUCAAGAAUUCAAAUAUAAAUAUGAUUGGGAUGAAGGAGUACAUAUUUUCGAUAACUGGCUAAAAAAACAAUCAGCUGUUACCGAUGAUAAAGAUGAGUUAUUACCAUCAAAUUAUACACAUUCAGAAUUGUAUGAAAAUUAUAAAUAUAAAUAUGUACCUGAAAAAAAUCCUUUCAAAUUUCUAAGGUCCAAAAAUACAAAACAAUCAUGGAACAGACAUCCAUUUUAA